UCACUUCACUCCGCAGGAGCCAUGGCGUUAGCUACGGAGGGCCUCCUAGCCAGCCUAUCGGCUCUUGCGCUGAUGAUCGCCGCCUGGGCCUCUCCAGUGGCCGGUGGUCGCCCGGCGGACCAGCUACAGAUACUGUGGGGGCAGACGCAAGUGCUCAACGACGGCAACGGCGACCAGACCAUCGAGUUGAUGCUGGACCACGCCAUGGGGUCGGCCUUCAAGUCCAAGACCUCCUACCUCUUUGCCAGGAUCGACGUGGACAUCAAGCUCAUCCCCAGGAACUCCGCCGGCACCGUCACCACCAUAUAUAUGAUCUCGGAGAAGGACUGGAAGACCCACGACGAGAUCGACCUCGAGUUCCUGGGCAACGCCACCGGCCAGCCCUACACCCUGCACACCAACAUCUUCGCCAACGGCGAGGGCGGCAGGGAGGUGCAGUACCGUCUCUGGUUCGAUCCCACCCAGGACUUCCACACCUACUCCAUCGUCUGGAACACAGACGAGAUCCUGAUCCUGGUGGACGGCGUGCCGAUCCGGCAGUUCAAGAACCACUGGGACGCCGGCGUGCCUUUCCCGGUGUACCAGCCGAUGCGGCUGUUCGGGUGCUUGUGGAACGCCGACGACUGGGCGACCCAGGGUGGGCGCGUCAAGACGGACUGGUCGCAGGCGCCGUUCAUCGCCUACUUCCGGAACUACACCGCCUCCGGAUGCGCGCCCACCGCCGGCGGCUCGUGGGCGUGCGACCAGAACCCCUCCGGUUCCGGCUCCAGCUCCGGCUGGAUGGACCGGGCACGGGGAGGAGGGCGGCUGGACGACGACGUGAAGCAGCAGCAGCAGCUGAGGGAGGUGCAGGGCAAGUACAUGAUCUACAACUACUGCACCGACGAAAAGAGGUUCCCCAAUGGCUUCCCGAAGGAGUGUGGGCUGGCUUAGGAAUUAUUGUUACUACUAGGAUCGAUAGAAGUGAUUCUGAUGAUGGAGCUGGGUGGGAGAUGUGUCUUGGCAAGAACAUUAUUUCAUUCUUCUUUUGGCUAUUUAUGAAUGGCAAUUCAGAGUUUG